GCAAAGCGCCUCCUCUAAGCAUUUCUGCUUUCUACCAGUAUUGAAAAAUAGAAGAGGCAUCAUUUUCAAACGUUGGAUGUUUGGAUGCCGCUACUGUUCAGAGGCGCUGCACCGAGAGGUGGCAGGUGGAAAACUAGUUGCAGGUAGAAGAUCUGUGUGGAUGCUCUGACUGCAGUCAAUGCAGCACAGUGGGUGGUGGAUGGAGAAGAUGGCAGACUCUGAAAACACAAUCAUAAACACAAGUGUGAGACAGAAAGACCCAGAUGAAGCUCUGGUUAUCGCUGUAACAACAAGGGCCAUUUUCAACCUGGAAAAGGAGCAUGAAAUUUUCUUGGCAAGGGGCAAGGAUGAAUAUAUGAAGCAUCAGCAAACCAAUGAAAAUAUCUCCUUGAAACAAGGGACAGCCUUUGCUUUUGUUCAGGCAGUGCAGACUGUAAACAAGAAACUCCUUGAAAGAAAUCCAGAGGAGAAGGGGCUCUUUGAUGUUAUUGUUCUGUCCAAUAACAGUCCAGAAAGUGGUACGCGUAUCAUCAACAGUGCUAAACAGCAUGGUUUAGAAAUCUCCAAGUUUUGCUUUGUCAGUGAAGAAGAUUCCACCCAGUACUUGAAAACCCACAAUGUCAAGCUUUUUCUCUCUGCUGACAGGACAGAUGUAUGCAAUGCACUUCAGAGAGGAGUUUCAGCAGCGCUCAUCUUCCAGCAGGAGAUACAGGCUCCCAGCACGCAGCUGCGUGUGGUCUUUGAUGGUGAUGCUGUACUUUUUUCCGAUGAGACUGACCGCAUCUUUCAUGAGAAAGGACUGGAAGAGGCUGUUCAGUAUGAGAAAAUUAUGGAAGCUGUGCCCAUGGGAGAUGGUCCAUUGAAAGCCUUUGCUUUACAUCUUGGUAAGAUGCGCAAGAAGUUUGGUCAAGAGGAUUCCCCCAUCCGCACCUACUUGGUGACCGCUCGCAGUGGCCGUGACAUGGGCAUUCGGGCCAUCAAAACUCUUCGAGAAUGGGGUCUGGCAAUUGAUGAAGCCUUCUUCAUGGACGGAGCUCCCAAAGGUCCCAUCUUAUCCAAAAUCCAGCCACAUAUCUUCUUUGAUGAUGGUCUUCACAAUAUCCGGGGUGCUCAGGAUGCUGGCAUACCCUCUGCCUUGGUUCCCUGUGAUUGCUGAAAGAGCCUUCAAUGUUGCAGCACUAGAACUGACUGAGUGGCAUCCAAGAAAAGGCUGACUGGACAGGAUGGCAUACUGAAUCCACGCUGACCACAUCAUUAAACAAAAUGACAAAACUGGAUAUAUGUUGGAGGUAUUGCUGUGAUAUACCUGGAAUAUGUCAAAUUAUACAAUCCAUAAGUAUCAGCAUGAGCAAGCUAAAAAGGGGCCUCCUGACUCACUUCUCCUCACCAUUUGAGUGGCAACAGAUCUAUACUACAAGAACACAGAAAAAAAAACCCUGACAUGUAUACAUUUAGUUUCAGUAUUUUGAUUGAGAAGAAAUAAACAAAAUUCACUAUGUUCUCUGAAUACUGCACUGGAUUUUCUCUGCAAGGAACUCUUUAUUUGUGUAUCUGUGCAUGUUGGACAAAGCACAAAAUCUUGUUGAGAAAAUAAUUCUUGUUGAAUUUUAACAAAGACUUUGAGGUGGUCAGAAUCUUUCAGGAUUCAAUAUAACAAAUUAAUGCAGGCACGUUGGUAUUAUUUUUUACAAGCAUUUUUCCGCAAUUCCUGAAAACAGAAUUUAAAGUGAAUUUAAAGCACAAUUCAUAUAUGUCCAAUGAAAUAACUAAUGAACUAUUAUUACAGACGUUCCUGUGCCCAAAAUGUAACAUUAUUUAGUUCUAUCAAUAAACCAAUUAAUCAAUUUAUUGCAGCGACCAGAUUCUAUCGUAUACAAACUCCAACAUUUCCUUAAAGUGGCAGGAUAUUUUUUUCUGCAGGCUGUUUGUAGUCUUAUGUACACUUUACUUAGAGUAAGACUCUCAGGCUUGGUUACUUAUUUACAUAAAAUUCACUGGAUUAACUUCUGUGAUUCUGCUGUAGAAAUCUGCUGCAUUAACAACUGCAGGUAGUAGUAUAUUGGAAUAGCAGUGAUAAAAAUCGACCUAAACCUUCAGUAACAAUAGCUUACAAGUAUAUAGAUUGUGAAAGACAGUUCUGAGAAACAGUUCUUGCAAAAUAAAUAACCACAGUUGUUCCACACUAACUGUUUUGCCCUAAUAAAUUCAUCUGUUAUUAUGGAGAAUCAAGAUGA